GCGCUCUGUGCACAGACGACCUUCUUCCCAUCCCUUCCCUCUGCUAGUCUGCUUCGUUCCUCGGCCAUGGUGGUCCUCGCCAAGGGUGAGCUCGAGCAGAUCGCCCUCCCGGCUGCAGAGCCGCCCCCGGCCGACGUGCGGUCGGUGGACCUGUCCGCCCCGGCGGGCCCCGCGCGCGAGGCCGCGGCGCGCGCGCUGGUGGCGGCGUGCGAGGAGCACGGGUUCUUCCGGGUGACGGGCCACGGCGUGCCGGCCAGACUCGUGCGCGCCGCGGAGGCCGCGGCGGCCGGGUUCUUCGCGCGGCCGCAGGGCGAGAAGGAGGAGGAGGGCCCCACGCUCGGGUACGGAAGCAAGCGCAUCGGCGGCAACGGCGACCUCGGCUGGGUCGAGUACCUCCUGCUCGGUGGCACACCCGCCGCCGCGCCUUCCUCGGCAUUAUUGCCCUGCGCCGCCGCCCCGUCGCCGUCCGCGCCGGCCGGGCCGUUACGGGACCUUCUGGACGAGUACACGGUGGCGGUGCGGCGGAUGGCGUGCGCGGUGCUGGAGCUGAUGGCGGAGGGGCUGGGCAUCGCCGGCGGCGCCGGGGACGCGGUGCUGGCGCGGCUGGUGGCGCGCGCGGACAGCGACUGCAUGCUGCGGGUGAACCACUACCCGCCGCGGCCGGCGCUCAACCCCAGCCUCACGGGGUUCGGCGAGCACACCGACCCGCAGAUCAUCUCGGUGCUCCGCGCCAACGGCACCUCCGGCCUGGAGAUCGCGCUGCGGGACGGCGCCUGGGCCUCCGUCCCGCCCGACGGGGACGCCUUCUUCGUCAACGUCGGCGACACCCUGCAGGUGUUGACGAACGGGAGGUUCAGGAGCGUGAGGCACAGGGUGGUGGUGAACAGCGAGAAGUCCCGGGUGUCCAUGGUCUUCUUCGGCGGCCCGCCGCCCGGCGAGAGGCUGGGCCCGCUGCCGCAGCUCCUGGGCGACGGCGGCCGGAGCCGGUACCGGGACUUCACCUGGAGCGAGUUCAAGACCAGCGGGUGCAGGACCAGGCUCGCGGAAGACCGCCUGUCCCGCUUCGAGAAGAAGUAGCUAGAGGCUACGUCAUUUGCAUGACCGGCGGUAGGAUCGAUUACCAUGUAUGCUUCUCUGUAUAUGUCAGUUGCAUUGCCACAGCUCUAGCUACUGGCGCCCGUACGUGUAUAUUAGUGGCCAUGCUCGUAUUGUACGUGCACGUGUAUGCACGCAUAUACAUGGUGGCACCACACAGGGUAUCAUGCAUCCAAUGUUAUCUAUUAUCCAUGGAGUACCAACCAUGCAUGCAUGGUCCUGUUAUUA